AUGGUCCUUAUAAAUAGCGGGCAGACAAUCUCUGGCGUCCGCUGGACGUCAGAGAUGCCAACUAAACACACAGUGGAGAAAAGCCUUAUCAAUGUUCCCAUUGUGCUAAGGUAUUUUCUGUGCACAAGGCACCUUAGAAAACAUACAGGAGAGAAACUAUUUACGUGUUCCCAAUGUGAUAAGGUUUUUACUUGCCAAAGUAAUCUGACUACCCACUUAAGAACACACAGUGGAGAAAAGCCUUAUCAAUGUUCCUAUUGUGAUAAGGUAUUUUCUACGCAAGGUAAUCUUACUCGUCACCUUAGAACACAUACAGGAGAGAAACCCUUUAAGUGUUCCCAGUGUUCUACAUGCUUUUCUCAAAGAAUUCCCCUCAUUAGACAUUUAAUAACACACCGUGAAGAGAAACAUUUUAAGUGUUCCCAUUGUGAUACAGGUUUUCCUCACAGAAGUUCCCUUAUAACACAUUUAAGAACACACAGUAUAGAAAAGUCUUUUCAAUGCUCCUAUUGUGAUAAGAUAUUUUCUAAACAGAGUUAUCUUACUGGCACCUUAAAAGACAUACAGGAGAGAAAUCGUUUAUUAAGUGUCCCCAUUGUGAUAAGGGAUUUUCUCAAAAGGCUCAUCUCACUUAAUUGCCACCUUAGAACACAUACUGGAGAGAAACCCUUUAAGUGCUCCCAGUGUGAUGAGGGUUUUUCUCGAAGAAGCUCACUUAUUAGACAUUUAAGAACACACAGUGGAGAAAAGCCUUAUCAAUGUUCCCAUUGUGAUAAGACAUUUGCUCAAACGAAUAGUCUUACUUGGCACCUUAGAAGACAUACAUCUACUACAAAACAACAUAAAAAUGUUCCGAUUGUUAUAUGAGAUUUUCUUAUCAUUUGGAUGUUAUAGCCAGCUUAAAUAAUUUACAGGUGGGAAACCCUUUAAUCGUUCCGUUUGUGAUACAGGUCAUCUAACUUGUCAUGUUUAUAGGACACACACACUAGAGAAAAACGUUUUAAUUGUCGUGAUUGUAAUAAAAGAUUUUCUUAUAAAAGGGGUGUUACGACCAUUGUAGAACACAUACAGGAGAGAAACCAUUUAAGUAGUCCUAAUAAGAUAAGGAAUUUUCUUGUAACAGUGAGCUCCAAGGCAUGGAAACCCUAAAAAUGUUAAAAUUGUAUUAAGUGAUUUUCUUUUAACAGUAAUCUUACUAGUUAUCUGAGAAUACAUACUCGAGAAAUGCUAUUUAAAUGUUUACUUUGUUCUAAAGAGAGAUUUUGUCUUUAAUAUAGAGCAUGAUCUUGCUAAUUGCCUAAUAACACACAGAGUAAAAAAUCCACUUAAAUGUUUUAAAAGUUAUAAAGGGAUUUUAAACAGAAAGGAGGUCACUAUUCAUAAAGACUUAAGGACCGUUAUUCAUAAUGUGAGUUAAGGGUCGCUAUUUAUUAUCCACAUUGAGGAUAUUACUCAUAAGGACAGCUAUUCAUAAUACAAAAUGAGGGUGAUACAUAUAAUACGAGAAGAGGGUGAAUAGCAACCAUCUUCUUGUAUUAUGACUAGGGACCUCUGUAACAACCCCUUUGUAUUAUGAAUAGCGAUCGACCCUCUUCUCUCAUAUUAUGAAUAGCGGUCCUUAGGAAUAAUGGCCCUUUUGUCAAAUUAUGAAUAGUGGUCCUUAUGAAUAGUAGUUCUUAUGUUUAGCGGACCUUAUAAAUAGCGGUCCAUAUGAAUAACGAGCUGAGCCUUCUGGCAAGUGUCCCAUAAGCUUAAGCAUCUGAGAACACAUGAGAACCGGCCAUGAAGAACACAUGCAGGGGAAAAGCCUCUGUAAUGUUUGCAUUUUAAUAAUGGCCUAGAGACGUGUAAUGGUCUGUAUAAGUAAUGUGGUCUUGUGGUUACUUCACCGGACUGAAUCCUAUGUUUCUCGAUUCAAUUCCUACUGCAGCACUUGUGUCCCUCGGCAAGAUGUUAAUCUAUAUUUGCCACUCCACCUAGAUGUUAAAUGGGUACCCUAUAGCCUGCGAAUUUUGCUAUGGUUGAAGUGACAUGUGUGCACUUGUAAAAUGGCAACUGGCUCAAAUACUACCCACUGCCCAGGGAGUGGAGCAUGUUGAGAUCAGCAAUUGAAUCUAAUGACUCGGGUAUCAAUAAUAAUGACAAUGUAAAAUACUAAUUAAAAGCUUAGUAUUAAGCACUAAACAAACAUGAAUAUUAUUAUAGAAAGUUAAACAAAUAUGACUCUUUAAUAUUAUAUUAAGAGUU